UAACCGAAGUUCCAACCAACAAUAAUACUUGGAGUCACUCACCAGGUUAAGCCUUAUUCCCCCCUCCUUUACGGGUCGGUACAUCAUUUUUUUUUUUUUUUUUUUUUUUACCACUGUUGGAUCCUUCGUAGUUCUUGGCCUUUACGUCACUUUUUUUUCGGCCCAUGCCGUGUCUUUAAAGUCUCAUUUUCUCGUUCCUCGAAAGUCGAAAUCGCUUCGUUAUCUUUUGUAAAUCUUAAACACAGAGAGACGGACGGACGGACACAGAUGGGUUCGUUGGAAGAUGAGAGAUCGCUCUUGGAAGAUGGUCUUGUACAGAAUGAACGCAGCAGCCAAUAUACAGGGGAUGGCUCAGUCGACUUUCACGGGAAGCCUGUCCUUAAGCAGAAUACUGGAAAUUGGAGAGCUUGCCCGUUCAUUCUAGGUACUGAAGGUUGUGAACGUCUCGCCUACUAUGGGAUUGCCACUAAUCUCGUUACUUAUCUUACCAACAAACUACAUGAAGGAAAUGUCUCUGCUGCAAGAAAUGUUACCACGUGGCAAGGGACUUGUUAUCUUACACCCCUCAUUGGAGCUGUCAUAGCAGAUGCUUACUGGGGAAGAUAUUGGACAAUUGCAGCUUUCUCCACUAUUUAUUUCAUUGGAAUGUGUACAUUGACACUUUCAGCAUCUGUUCCUGCACUGAUGCCUGUGGAAUGUGUGGGGUCUGUAUGCCCAUCAGCUACUCCAGCUCAGUACGCAGUCUUCUUCUUCGGCCUCUAUUUGAUUGCUUUGGGGACUGGCGGGAUCAAACCUUGUGUUUCAUCUUUUGGUGCUGAUCAAUUUGAUGAUACUGAUCCAAGAGAGAGGGUAAAGAAGGGAUCCUUCUUUAACUGGUUCUAUUUUUCUAUUAACAUUGGUGCACUAAUAUCUAGUAGUUUUUUAGUUUGGAUUCAAGACAAUGCUGGGUGGGGUCUAGGAUUUGGCAUCCCAGCAUUGUUUAUGGGCAUUGCUAUUGCAAGUUUCUUUUCAGGCACUCCUCUUUAUAGAUUCCAGAAACCUGGGGGAAGUCCUAUUACAAGAAUGUGCCAGGUUUUUGUUGCAUCAUUCCGUAAGAGGAAUAUAGAGGUCCCCAAAGAGAGUAGUCGUUUGUAUGAAACACAAGACAAAUACUCUGCCAUUGAAGGAAGUCGGAAACUGGAGCAUACUGAAGAAUUGAAGUGCCUUGAUAAAGCUGCUGUACCGUCAGAUGCAGAGAUCAGAAGAGGGGACUUCUCUAAUCCAUGGAUACUUUGCACUGUUACACAGGUGGAAGAAUUGAAGAUUUUGAUCCGCAUGUUUCCCAUCUGGGCGACUGGAAUAGUCUUUUCUGCUGUUUAUGCCCAAAUGUCUACAAUGUUUGUGGAACAAGGGAUGGUGAUGGACACGACUCUUGGUUCUUUCACAAUUCCUCCAGCCUCACUCUCAAGCUUCGAUGUCAUCAGUGUCAUUUUCUGGGUUCCCAUAUAUGAUAGAGUAAUUGUCCCGAUUGCAAGGAAAUUUACUGGCAAGGAGAGGGGCUUCUCAGAGUUACAGCGGAUGGGAAUUGGUCUUUUUCUUUCUGUCCUAUGCAUGUCAGCUGCUGCAUUGGUAGAGAUCAGGAGGUUGCAAAUUGCAAAUGAACUAGGAUUGGUUGACGAAGGUGUUGCUGUACCACUCAGCAUCUUUUGGCAAAUACCGCAAUAUUUCUUGUUGGGUGCUGCGGAAGUAUUUACAUUUAUAGGGCAGCUUGAGUUCUUCUACGACCAAUCUCCUGAUGCCAUGCGGAGCUUAUGCAGCGCAUUCUCUCUUUUGACAACUUCAUUGGGGAACUAUCUGAGUUCUUUGAUUCUGACACUAGUAACUUACUUCACAACAAAGGGCGGGAGCGUCGGAUGGAUCCCGGAUAAUUUGAACGAGGGUCACCUUGAUUAUUUCUUCUGGCUUUUAGCCGGUCUCAGCUUCUUAAAUAUGUUGGUAUACAUUGUUUGUGCCAGUAAGUACAAACAAAAGAAGGCUUCUUAAGGAUUCCAGAAGAUGGGGUGUCAUUAUGGAAAAUUCUGAAAGGUUUUCCGUAAGAGGAUGACGUAAUAGCUAUUUCUGGAAAGGAUUCUGUAAUAAAAUGGUCUGUAUAUAAACUAAAUCUACGUUUAAAAUUUCUCUCCAGAUUCCAUCUGUGUAUUAUAUGUUGUGUGGAAACUAUUCAGCAAUGGUUUCAGCUUCUGUGA